AAAAACGCGCUAAGCCUCCUAGAAAUUGAAAAGUUAAAAAUUCUUCAAUAUUUCGUAUAUUAGAAUGCCUGAAAGUCCAACGCGCAUUGAAGAGACCGAAGAUUGUGAGGAACUUGAUGAGGAUUACUUUGCGUCACUUGGAAAUACAUUCGCUGUUGUCGAUGCAUGGAAUGAAAAUGAUGAAGUGCAAAUAAAAAAUGAGCCUGAUGAAGAGUCAAAUCAUUCAAAAGCAUCAAGUAAGAAAUCAAACAAUAAAGAUCCAGAAAUAAAAAAAACAUCCAGUAAUCGAGAUCCAAGACCAAAAGAACCACGACCCAGUGCAAGAUCUGACAGAAAUCGAGCAAGUGCAGAUAGGAGACGAAGUCCAGAUAGAAGACGUUUGAGUUUAGAAAGAAAUAGGAUCCGAUUAAGCCCGAGAAGAAGUCCAGAUAGGAACAGGAGCUUUAGAGAUGAUAGAUUUAGACGAUCACCGCCAAGAAAUGUUGGUCAGUUUGAUAGAAGACGACCAGCAUCACCAGAUAGAAACAGGAAUCAAAAUGCACAACCAAAAAAGCCAUUUUUAGUAGAAAUGCAAGAGAAAUUUAUGCAGGAAGGGAAAAGGGAUGCUCAAAUUGAUCAAAUGUUACAGCAAGGAGGGAGGAUUGAUCUAAAUAGUCCAGAUUUAAGGCCUGAACCGCCAAGGAACUUUCAAAAUCAGCCAAUGCAUUUCAAUAAUCAUCAAAACCAAAUGCCAGUUUUUAUGAAUGAACAAAUGAUGCCGCAGCACUUUAAUCCAUUGAUGAUGCAGCAAAUUCCAAUGCAAAACAUGCAUCCAAACAUGAUGAAUAUGCCAUUCCCACAAAUGAACGCAAUUUCACCUCCAAUUCCAACAAAUAUGUUUAUGAAUCCUCUAGAAAUCAUGCAAUCAGCUCCACUUCCAGUUCCUGCACCACAUAUUGAACCAAUUUGUCCACCAGGCUCUGAAAGGAUGCAAUUUCCUCAGAUUUCACCUCCAAUUCUUUAUCAUAAUAAUAGUAUUGUGCCUAAACAGCCAGUCACAAUCGUCAGGGAAAAUGCUGAGCGUGCACCAAUGAAGAAGGCUCCAGCUGAAGAAGGCAAGAAUUUGCUUGACAUUUUACGUCAGAAGUCCAAACAAAACACAAAAUCAUCAGCAGAUGAGGAACUUGCUUCCAAAAAAGCUAAAGUGUUAGAGGCAUGCAAGUCAGUAGGAGUUUUGAUAAAGGACUUAGAACAAAAUAAGUCGAAACUUCCAUUAACUUGCCUUCUGUCGACUCAAAGCAUCCAAAAGCCGAAUGUCACAAUUAAUAAGAGCCCAUUGCUGACAAGUGAGAGGAAUCCACGAUAUUUAUUUCAAGCAACGCCUGAUCAAUGCUUCUCGGUACUUGAAAAUCAUCCAUUGAGGAACAUUUAUGGCGAAACAGCUGAAAUUGCACAAUAUUUGAAGUUUGAUUUACAUGAAUUGUCAUCGACUGUCGCUAGAGAAACGAUAAUUCGUCCGCCAGCAAUAAAUGUAGAUCCAAGGAUGCCUUCAACAUCAGGAAUCAAUAAUGACAGCUCAAGCAUUUUUGCAAUUAAAAAGACAUCCACAAAGGGCGUUCAAACAGAGCCAUUAACAUGCAAGAAAUGUCAUCAAAUGGACAUAAUCAAACAAAGUGCGAAAAGUAAGGCUUGUCAAACAAAUGAAGCUAUAAAAAUCAGCGCAGAAGUACAAUGUAACAAUCAGGAUGGGACUGACGGCUUUAAAGUCUUUAUUGAUGCUCAAACCUUAGCUGAUAGAAAUUUUGAGCAGCAUCAUGCACUGGAAGUAUUUGCAAGAGCUUUUGGCAUUCAAUGUCCAAUUAUUGACAGAAAUAGAGAACAAGGACAGGUAGAGGAACGUCCAGCAGUUCCUGAAGAGCCGGAUGAGCGUUGGAACUACACAAAUCCAGAAAAUCCUAAUCAAGGUCCUGAGGAUGUAAACUUUUUCAGUACUUCUCCUAUACAGAAGCGAAUAACGACACCGACUGUCUUUAAAUUGUCUACUUCACCACCUCCAAGAUUCCGUAACUCUAAAUCUCCGCCUAGAUUUCAUAAUUCUAAGUCUCCACCACGAUUCAGAAACACAACAAAUUCACCACUAAGAUUCAGAAACUCAACAAAUUCACCACUGAGAUUCAGAAACUCAACAAAUUCACCACAAAGAUUCAGAAACUCACCAAGCCGUCAUAGAAACUCAAACUCACCACCCCGAAAUCGACAAAAUAGGUCAGUUUUUGAAAGAAUUGGUGCUAAAAUUCCAGAUAGUUUAGAUUCGCCAAGAAAUUAUGAUGACUGGAAUGAUGAAUAUGAUAAUCGAGCUACAUUUCGUCCUUAUAAAAUUCCCUCACCACUUUAUGUAGCACCACGAGAUAGAUCUCCGGAAUCUGCACGAAUUUAUCGGAAUAGAAGUCGCAGUAGAAGUUUGAACAGAAGUCCAUCACGGUCACCAAAACGACACAGAGGUGGAAAUAAGAUUUUGAGCAGACGUGGACGGUAUUAAAGCAAAAUUUUGAUUUUUUUCAAAAAUUUAACGGUAAUUUUAAAUUCAAAUUUUUUGUAAUUUAAUUUCAAUCAUUUUAAAGCCUUUAAUUCAUUGCCGUUAAGCAAAGGCUUGUCAUGUAAAGCAUAAAACAUGCAACAGUGCUAAGUAGCUAUCUCGAUGUAAUUCUAACUGGUUAAUAUUGAAUCUGUUUGAAGUUUAUAAGAAUUAAAAGUAAUUUCAAUAAAAUGAAUUCUGAAUUUCG